GUAUUCCUGCUAACUACAUCACGUUGAAGGCGUUCGACAAAGUUGUUGGAUUGGUUAUGUUUAAUUAGAACAGCAAUACUUGUAUUUCUAGAAAAGAGAAACUUAGAGUGUAAGUAGUACGCAGACAUUUCAGUAGGUAUCAGUUGCGUUCUUGUGUCAAGUCAAUGUAUUGAUGCGGAGCUGUUCGACCAAGUCAGAUCACCCACUCCUCACGUCACGUAUUUCAGGAAAUAUCCACGUGAUAGAGCUGUUUCUUUUGUUGUAAAGAGGAAAUGGUAUCCAGAAGUUGUUUGAUUCGCUGGAAAACACGUCAUCUGGGUUCCAGUAUUCACCCUGCAGUUAGCUUUUCCAGAAGUUUAUUUGCAAGUUCCCAAGUUUAUCAAACAAGUUGGGUACAAGCCGUUUCAAAUGCAGAAAAAGUAGUGGGCUUUCCUACAUCCUUCCUAAGUCUGCGAAGCGUUGCAAACGAUGAAAUAUCUAAUAUUGCCGUAUACUUAAAAAAGCUUAUUGGGACCGGACAUCCACUUAUUACUACUGCCAAAAACUUGGUGUAUUCCAAUGAUAAGACCCAUCAAACCAGGGGUUUGUUGGUUUUGCUUAUGUCAAAGGCAGCAAAAAGGGAGUCAGGUCAAGAUAUUUUGCCUGAACAAAGAACACUUGCAGAAAUCACAGAAUUGGUCCAUACAGCUCACCUGAUUCACACAGGAGUAAUAAAUCUUAAUACACCCAAUGCUAACUUAGAGAUGGGUAACAAAAUGGCAGUCUUAUGUGGUGACUUCUUUCUAGCCCAUUCUUGUGUGCAGUUAGCAACCCUACAAAAUCUCAAGGUUGUAGAGCUGAUUGCACAGGCAAUAUCGGACUACAGUACUGCUGAAUUCAUAGAUAUAAUUGCAAGUGAAAAUGACAGUGCACUGGACAGGUGGAGUCAGCAAAUGACAUUAAGAUAUGGUUCUCUAAUAGCCCAUGCUUGCCAGUCUACACUUAUUCUCGGAAAUAACGUAGAACUCAUCGAAUCUGGAAAAUCUUUUGGUCUGGAGAUAGCCUUAGCUUGGCAGGCGAAUAUUGAAAUCCAGAGCUUCAAAAGCAAUGCAAACAGAGCUGAUCACGUUCUGUCCAAGUUGUUUCCAGAAACUCCUUUUGUAGAUGUUGUAGCAAACUUUCAAGCUGUACGUGAUAGGCACGUUAAUGCAGCAUUGAAAAUAUUGACUGCAUUUCCACAAAAUGAUGCCAGCCUUGCUCUGGGUAACAUUGCAAGGGCGCUCAAGUACUAAUUGUGUUUUGACUUAGUAAAAUUACCCGUUUUGUAUUAUACGUAUUCGUCGAUUGAUGUUUGUUACAUCGUGUUAUUGAAUAGCGCUUUCUCCCAAUUGGAUUUUGAGUUACUGUUAUAAAUUUUUUCUAUUUCA